CAUAAACACAAAACUUGAAUCCAAAGUGUGUUUCGCUUUUCAAUGAAUGACUAGUUUUGCGGAAAAGGCUGUCAUUUGUGCGGAAAAGCCAUUCAUAAGACAUAAGACACGAGUGUUUUUGACCGCAAUUUGGGGCCAAAUGUUUGCCACAAAAGUAGCGCUCAUUUCCCAUUCAAUACACAGCACUAGAGUUAGGCCACUGUUGACCACCAGACGACUGUCCACUCACACCACCAACACUAACACCAGUAAUACCGCGAAUAAUAGCCAGCCGUCCAAUGACCGGGAUCGUUUGCACAAUGUAUACCAGCAACUGUCGGCAUCGUUGCCCAGGUUCUUCGUGACUCAGCACUGUUUCCACGUAUACUCCCCGCACGUGGUCUUCGAGGACAACAUCAGACACGUGAAGACAAUGGGUCUGAACGCAUACAUCAAACAGAUUGCGUUCAUCAAGAUCUGGGCGCACCUCAAGUAUAGCAGCAAAUCGUUGAAUGUGCUCAAGAUUACGGAACACCCGGAGGACAUGACGGUGCGGGUCCGGUGGCGCAUAGUUGGCACACCCGGCUUAGGCGUCAUAUUCAUGUUCUGGAAGUACAGGUUCUGGAGUCCCGGGAACAGUAUGUCGAAAGACAACUCGCAAUGGACGGACGGCUUCUCCGUGUUUUCUAUGGGCGCCGACGGCCUCAUACAUAGACAUACUGUUGAAAAAGUAAUUCCAAUUAUAAUGCCUGACGAGGAGAGGCAGCCAUCGAAAGCCCCAAACAAUAUUCGGGGAAAGAACUUGGCGUUCAUUGUAGGAAUAGUACCACAAGUGUCUCACUUCGACCUCAAUUAUCAACAACUGGUGUCCAAACUCUUAGAACUGACGACAAAGUAUUGCUCUUUCGGUUGAGGUUUGGAAACAAUUCAUCAAUUGAUUAGCGAUUCAAAUGACUUCUCUUUUUAAUAAUUCAUUUUAUUGUAUAAAAUG